UUUUCCCCAGUAUGCAUUAAUUGGACGCUGAAAAAUCAAGCGGUGGCUACUUAUCAAGACACUGGAGCUAUACCAACAAUAGAGUGUAGGUCGCUUGGAAUAAACUACUCGAAUUUAGCUUCAUUCCGCCAGCGUGCAUGCUGCCGGGAACAUCGUUUUUCUCUCAAAUACCAGUCUAUCUAUCAUUGAGCUAUCGCUACCACUCAUCUUAGCACCUGGUGUCUCUUAUCUGGCUCUUUAUCAGCCUGUCAAAACAGCAGUAAUGUUCCUGGACUCGGACGAUGAACUGGUCUACAAACUACUCACCAGAGACAAAGUAGAAGAUGCUUUGGCUCUUCAAGCUCAGACUAUGAAGCAGGAGAAUCUAGCAAUAGGGUUAGGAAUGUUUGAAGACGAUGGUGCUCCAGAGGAGAUGAACCUAAUCUUCAAAGAAAUCAUCAAAGAUGGUACCACAUUGAUAGCCGUUGACAAGAAGACGAACGAAUUGGCAGCAGUGGCAUUUAACAAGCUUCACGCUAAACCCAAGGAAGGUGCGAAAGAUGAGCUAGAAACAUUCAUAGAAGAGAACCUGAGGCACCGAACGUGCAGAGAACUUAUCAAGUUUCUCGAUGACGUUCAGAGCAAGGUGGAUGUAUUCGAGAGGUACAAUGUAAACGGGGCGAUGGAGCUGUUUUAUCUUGGCACGAAUCCACGGUACCAAGGCCGUGGAAUCGGCCGCCAAAUAGUAGAGAAGUGUAUCGAGUUCGGUCGAGGGCUCUUGAACGGUACAAUCAAGAGAACAUCGAUCGACGGUAGCAUCCUAGAGCAGCACGUGCUCCCGGAGAUAAUUUACUGUGUGGUCGCCUCCAACUAUAGCCAACGAAUCGUAGAUAAAUUGGGUUUCCAGGUUCUGCACGAGGCCCGAUACGACGACUAUAGUUUUGGUGGCAAAAAAAUGUCCGAAAGGAUAGGAGAUGUUCAUAGGACAGCCAAGUUGCAGGUUCUGAAACUUUGAACAGAAUGCAUUCGACUAUGAUAGAGUUAAGUCUACAAAAACUGUAACAUUUAAAAUGGCUACUAAAUAAAUGAUACUUAUACU